UGUUCAACUAAUCUAUUCCUUUUGGUAAAGAUGAGUCGGGGUACUUUUGGAAUGUGUUGGAGUUUACUUCUUUAUUUGUUGGUUAUAAGUAACUUGUUUGAAUAUUGUCACUCCAUUCAGUUUUAUAUGAACGCGGGAACCAAACGUUGUUUCUCGGAAGAGAUUACUUCUAAUACAAAGGUAUUUGGUGAGUGUCUCGUAGUUGGUGCAGAAGGAUCAAUGUCUGUAGAUUUGUUGAUUAGAGGACCGCAAGGGGAGAUUAUAGUUCAACAGAAGAAUAUAGAUAAGCAAUCCUUUGGUUUCACUACUCCACAACACGUGGUUUCUGAAGAAACUGGGUUUGCAACUAAUGAUAUCCAUUGGCCUCCUGCAAGUUAUCACUUUUGUUUUGAAACAACUCCUCUUCGUCCUCCUUCUGGUUCACCUCCCCCAAAGAGAAAGAUAAUAUUGAACGUACAAACUGAUUUUGUAUCAUCGGGGUUUACGGAUAUUGCCAAAGUACAACACUUAAACAGCUUAGAAGCUGCCUUACGUCGUAUGGAAGAGCAGUUUGGUCAGAUCGUUGUUGAACUAGAAAAUGUAAGAACCCGUGAAGCACAUAUGAAAGAAACCAACGAGAAUACCAACUCAAGGGUUGUUUGGUAUAGUGUUUUGUCCAUAACUAUGAUGACAGCUGCGGGUGCUUAUCUUGUAUAUUAUUUGCGUAACUUUUUCCGUCAGAAGAAGCUCAUUUGAAGUCAACGUCCUAGUGACUACU